AUGGCACCCCCUGCUUGGACCUCAAGCCGUACCUUCCCGCCUUCGAGUCCCUGCCCUCCGCGACAGUGCCAGGGUGGGUCGCGAGCUCCUACGAGGACCGAGCCCCUGAUGCGCGUGGAGUGGGCGGGCGCGGCGGAGGCGGCGCUGGCGGCGCUGCUGGCGGACGGCGGCGCGGGCCGCGGGGGCAGCCUCUGGCCCUUCGCGUCCGCCGCCGAGCUGCGCAGGGCGCUGCAGGGGACGCUGGCGCUGGACGACAUCCGCUCGCCGCUGCAGCGCGAGCGGCACCCGAAUCCGGGGCCCGGCGCCUCCUCGGAGGCCGUGGCGUUCUUCCGCGGCGACCUGUGGUUCCACGAGCUGCACGUCAGGUACGCGCUGCUCCCAGCGCCCCCUGGGCGGCCCGGCGCGGCCCCCGCCUCCGUGCUCAUCGAGGGCGUGGAGCCGCGCGGCGCCGCGUGUGCGGCGCGGGCGGCGCAGAGCAGCGAGGACUGA